AGAAAAAAAACACUAACGAAAUUUCGAAAGAAAAAAAAAAAAGAAAAAGCCUUUUUGAUGGGAUUAUUUGAUCUUGAGAAGCAUUUUGCUUUCUAUGGAGCUUAUCAUAGUAACCCAAUAAAUGUUCUAAUUCAUAUGGUUUUUGUAUGGCCAAUUGCUUUCUCUCUUUCGGUUCUUCUCUAUUUCACACCAUCAAUCUUCAAUUUUCUUCCUCAGAUACACUUUUCUUUACUUGGGAAUGAUUUUCACUUGAUUUUCAAUCUUGGGUUUUGUUUAACUUUGAUUUAUUGCUUAUUUUACAUCUCUUUUGAUAUCAAAGCUGGUUCUCUAGCUGCUCUUAUGAUUCUUGGUUGCUGGAUUGGUGGGAGUGCUGUUGCUGCCAAACUUGGUUAUUCUCUAACUUGGAAGGUAGUGUUGGCAUCUCAAAUAUUCUGUUGGGUAGCACAGUUCAUAGGCCAUGGAGUUUUCGAGAAACGAGCUCCUGCUUUGCUGGACAACCUUUCACAAGCCUUUUUAAUGGGGCCAUUCUUUAUCACUGGUAAUAAAUAAAGUUCGGAUGAGUCGCGGAGCGAAAAGAGCAGAAAAGUAGUGAAAAGCCGGGAG